AUGUCUUCAUCUUCAAGUCAAACAACUCCUCCAGGCUCAUCAGAGGCCCCCAGCGGAAGUAACUUUCCACCACCCUACGAGUCAGCUAAACUGUCUCACGAUCCUAUCCCAGAGCCAGCGAAAGUCAUCAUCGCCGAGCCAUUUGGAGUCAUCAUCGAGCCCGCAACGCCUGUACUCGCAAGGCCUGUACUACUACAAAACCCAAGACAUCGCCAACCUCAUCACCCGCAGGAGGAAGAGACGUCCCGGGCAGGGUGCGCAUCUCUUUCCUGUUGUCUUUUCAUUCUCUGCGACCUCUUUAUCGCUAUCCUUCUCCUCUGUUUGUUCGCGGGUAAACCCAAAUCACCGUGA